CCCUCUCGACUUCCCUCCUCUCUCUGACUCUCCUCCCUGGUUUCUGCAACAGGAAAAACCCUAUAAUCUGCCCUAAAACCAAAUUCAAUGGCGGAUUCUCGGUUCAAUUGCAUGAUCUUACCUCUCUUUUUGUCGCUUUGUCUGCUUGUGUCGUCGACCCAAGCCACCGACGUUCAGUACUGCGAUAAGACAGCUGACUAUAGUGUGAAGGUCAAAGGAGUUGAGAUAUCGCCUUAUCCUGUGGCAAGGGGCAAACCCGCUACCUUCAGUAUCUCUGCUACUGCAGAUGGUGCUAUCACAGGGGGAAAAUUAACAAUUGAUGUUGCCUACUUUGGAUGGCAUGUUCACAGUGAGACACAUGACCUUUGUGCUGAGACAUCUUGCCCUGUCACAACUGGUGAUUUUGUGGUUGCUCACUCACAAGUUUUACCAGGAUUCACCCCUCCUGGUUCAUACUCUCUGAAAAUGAGGAUGUAUGAUGCAGACAAAAAUGAGUUGACAUGCAUUGGCUUCAACUUCGACAUUGGGUUUGCAUCAUCUGUGGCCGACAGCUAGGCACCCAGCCAGUCGUUUUUCCAGCUUAUCCACCGUAGUGAUUAAAUAGGAAUUCCAUGUAAAUAAAUAGCCCUGUGCUGAAUGUUGCUUAAUUUGUGUGUAACAUUGACUCUCAGGGCAAGUUGUUCCUUAACUUAGAUAUGUGAAAGCCUAUCAUGUUACCUAAUGGCUAUGACAUAAUACAACUGCAGAAAGAAAUUAUUAUGUUGUCAUUUGACUGCAAAAAGAAGCUAUUACUAUCGAUAAUCUUGAGGAAUUUUUUUCUUAGUGUUGUCUUAUUAUGCAUCAGCUUAUAAUCAAAUGCAGGAGCAAAA